UCAGUGUCGGGGUAGCUGGAAAGAGAAGUCUCUAACUAACCAGCUCAGACAAGCCUUGUGAGGACCCAAGGAAGAAUGUACCUGGUUCUUUUGUACUGCCUACUGUGCAGUUUUCAGAUGUCAGUUGGCCAUUUCCCUCGAGCCUGUGUGUCCUCCAAGAACUUAAUAGAGAAGGAAUGCUGCCCACCAUGGAGUGGGGAUGGGAGUCCCUGUGGCCAGCUUUCAGGUAGGGGUUCCUGUCAGGAUGUUCUGCUGUCCAAUGCACCAUUUGGGCCCCAAUUCCCCUUCACAGGGGUAGAUGACCGGGAGUCUUGGCCAUCUGUCUUUUAUAAUAGGACUUGCCAGUGUUCUGACAACUUCAUGGGAUUUGACUGUGGAAAUUGCAGGUUUGGCUUUUCGGGACCAAACUGCACUGAAAAAAGGCUAUUGGUAAGAAGAAACAUCUUUGAUUUGAGUGUUUUAGAGAAGGACAAAUUCCUCGCCUACCUCACUUUAGCGAAACAUACUACCAGUCCAGACUACGUUAUUCCCACAGGAACCUAUGGCCAAAUGAACAAUGGAUUGACGCCCAUGUUUAGCGACAUCAACAUUUAUGAUCUCUUCGUCUGGAUGCAUUAUUAUGUGUCCAGAGACACACUGCUCGGGGGAAACGAAAUCUGGAGCAACAUUGAUUUUGCUCAUGAAGCACCUGGCUUCCUGCCUUGGCACAGACUAUUCUUGCUGCUGUGGGAAAAUGAAAUCCAGAAGCUGACAGGGGAUGAGAACUUCACUAUUCCCUACUGGGAUUGGCGGGAUGCAGAAGACUGUGAUGUUUGCACAGAUGACUAUAUGGGAGGUCGCCACCCAGAAAACGCUAAUCUGCUCAGCCCAGGAUCCUUCUUCUCUUCUUGGCAGAUCAUCUGCAGUCGCAUAGAGGAGUACAACAGCCUUCAGGCUUUAUGCAAUGGGACACCUGAGGGACCAUUACUGCGUAAUCCUGGAAACCAUGACAAAGCCAGGACACCAAGGCUCCCCUCCUCAUCUGAUGUGGAAUUUUGUCUGAGUUUGACCCAAUAUGAAUCUGGAUCCAUGGAUAGAACUGCUAAUUUCAGCUUUAGAAACACACUGGAAGGAUUUGCUAGUCCACUUACAGGGAUAGCAGAUACUUCUCAAAGCAGCAUGCACAAUGCCUUGCACAUCUAUAUGAAUGGAACGAUGUCCCAGGUACAAGGAUCUGCCAAUGAUCCCAUCUUUCUUCUUCAUCAUGCAUUUGUUGAUAGUAUAUUUGAACAGUGGCUCCGAAGGUACCGUCCUCUUCAAGAAGUUUAUCCAGAAGCCAAUGCUCCUAUUGGACAUAACCGGGAAUCCUACAUGGUCCCAUUUAUACCUCUCUACAGAAAUGGUGAUUUCUUUAUUUCAUCCAGAGAUCUGGGCUAUGACUAUAGCUACCUACAAGAUUCAGACCCAGACUCCUUUCAAGACUACAUUAAAUCCUACUUGGAACAAGCCAGUCAGAUCUGGCGAUGGCUCCUUAGUGCAGCUGUGGUAGGGGCUGUUUUGGCUGCUGUGCUCGGAGGGCUCCUCAGUCUGCUGUGUCGUUGCAGGAGAAAGCAGCUCCCUGAAGAAAGGCAGCCCCUCCUCACGGAAAAAGAGGAAUAUCACAGCUUGUUGUCCCAGAGCCAUUUAUAAAAGGCUCAGCAACAGAGUAGGGCAUAAGAGCCUGAUCUUAUUUUAACUCAAAGUGAUGUUCA